AUGGCGCUAGCACGUGCCCUGGUCCGCGGGUCCCAGAUCAUCGUGUGCGACGAAGCGACGUCUUCGGUGGACAUGGAGACGGAUGACAAGAUCCAGAAGACGAUGGCAGUCGGGUUUCGCGGCAAGACGCUCCUGUGUAUUGCGCACCGGCUACGCACUAUUGUCGGGUACGAUAGGAUAUGUGUUAUGGAUGCGGGACGGAUUGCAGAGUUGGAUUCGCCGAUUGAACUUUGGAGAAACGGGGGUAUAUUUAGGAGUAUGUGCGAUAGGAGUGGUAUUCGGGAGGAGGAUAUUUUGAUGGCUAUGAGGGGGCUCAGGGGGGAGGGAGAGGAGGACUUGAGUGAAGAUAUAGGGGAAGGGUCGAGAGGGAAGAGCGAGAAGGAUGAUGAGAUUUAG